AAAGUCAGUUGGCACAUUAGCGGAUCCCCCUUCACAUGGUCCCAACUUCUGCUGUAGGAAAGCGAAUCACUCCAGAGCAGAUAUCAUGCAGUCCUCCAAAGAGCGCUGCUCCGUGCUGGUGACUUGCGCUCUGCUCAUCAGCCUGAGCCCGGUGCGUGGAUUUAAUCUGGCUGUGGAGCAGCCCGCGGAGUACUCUGGACCGGACGGCAGCUUGUUUGGCUUCUCAGUGGAUUUCUACCUCCCGGAUUCGCAGAGUGUCAGUAUCUUGGUUGGGGCACCCAAGUCAAACACCAGUCAACCUGAUGUGCUAGAAGGCGGGGCUGUGUACUAUUGCCCCUGGCAGAACGAUGACCGCAACUGCUCAGUCAUAGAGUUUGAUUCAAAAGGUGAUCGGCCGCGAGACUUCAAAGAUGCCGCUGACACUGGGCCACGGGAGCCGGUGGAGUUCAAGUCUAAGCAGUGGUUUGGAGCCACUGUUCGGUCCCAUGAUAAAUCAAUACUGGCUUGUGCCCCCCGAUACAGCUGGCUAACAGGGCAAGAUGAUAACCACCAGAAACCUGUAGGGACUUGUUACCUUUCAGUGGACAACUUUACAAGCUUUAUGGAGUAUUCGCCGUGCCGGACAGAUGUUGGUAAACCUGAAGGCCAAGGAUAUUGCCAGGGUGGCUUCAGUGCAGCGUUUACAAAGAAUGGAAGAAUACUACUAGGGGGCCCAGGCAGCUAUUACUGGCAAGGUCAAGUAAUUACAGCAACACAAGAAGAGAUCAAGGACUCUUUCUACCCAGAAUAUUUUGUUCUUGAGAUCAAGGGGCAAAUGCAAACUCGACAAGCCCACAGCACUCACGAUGACAGUUACAUGGGUUACUCUGUUGCUGUUGGGGAAUUCAGUGGCGAUUUCACCGAAGAUUUUGUGGCUGGAGUCCCCAAGGGAAACAUGACUUAUGGCUAUGUAACUAUUUUGAAUGGGACAGACCUGAAGUCUCUCUUUAACUUCUCGGGAAUCCAGAUGGCGUCAUAUUUUGGUUAUUCUGUGGCAGCCAGCGACGUAAAUGGUGAUGGAUUGGAUGAUCUCUUGAUUGGAGCUCCGUUAUUCAUGGAGAGGACCCAUGAUGGAAGAGUUCAGGAAGUUGGCCAAGUCUAUGUGUACAUGCAGGGAGAAAGUAUGUCCAGUGACCCAGACUUAAUACUCACUGGAACUGAGCCAUAUGGUCGCUUUGGAAGUUCAAUUGCUGCCUUAGGAGAUCUCGAUCAAGAUGGAUACAAUGAUAUUGCAGUUGGAGUCCCAUUUGGAGGGAAAGAUGGCAAAGGAGCGGUGUUUAUCUAUAACGGUCAUUCUAGAGGCCUGAGUCCAAAUCCUUCACAGGUGCUGCAAGCAGAAUGGGGCUCCUCUCUAGCCCCAUCAUUUUUUGGUUUUUCUACCAGAGGUGGAAAAGAUCUUGAUGGAAAUGGCUACCCAGAUCUCAUCGUAGGUGCCUUUGGUGUUGAUAAGGCUCUGGUGUACAGGGGGCGCCCCAUUGUCCAUGCUAGUGCUUCUCUUCACAUUUCUCCUACUAUGUUCAACCCAGAGGAGAAGACUUGUUUGAUUGAAGGCACAGACACUCAGGUUUCCUGCAUAAACCUCAGUUUCUGCCUAAACGCUUCAGGGAAACACGUGCCUAGUUCUAUUGGGAUUAACGUGGAACUGCAGCUGGACAGACUGAAACAAAAAGGUGCUGUGAAGCGAGCGCUCUUCCUGAAAAGCCGCCAGCCCAACCUCAUCCAAACCAUUCACUUGCGCAAUGGAGGUCAGGAGGAGUGCCGUGAUAUGAAGAUCUACCUCAGGGAAGAGUCGGAAUUUCGGGAUAAGCUCUCUCCAAUUUACAUUGCUCUUAAUUUCUCUCUGGAUCCCAAUGCGCCAGCAGAUGCCCAUGGGCUGCUGCCAAUCUUCAACUACCGGACCAAGAACUACAUUGAGCAGAAGGCUCAGAUCCAGCUGGACUGUGGCGAGGAUAACAUCUGCGUGCCAGACCUGAAGCUCAAUGUCUCCGCUGACCGGCAAUCGGUGUACCUGGGUGAUACAAAUGCGCUGACCUUGCUGUUCAAUGCCUGGAACGAGGGUGAGGGAGGCGCUUACGAAGCCGAGCUGUAUGUCACGUUGCCUCAAGAAGCGGAGUACAGUGGUGUUUUGAGAACUAAUGAGAACCUUUCCAUUUUACCUUGUGAAUAUUAUUCAGAAAAUCAAACGCGUCACGUGGUCUGUGACCUUGGAAACCCAAUGAAGUCUGGAACAAAUCUGAGGGGAGGACUAAGAUUCACUGUGCCCCAUCUUCAGGAUUCCAGCAAGAAGGUGCAAUUUGACUUCCAGAUUCGCAGCAAAAAUGCAAAUAACUCUCACAGUGAGCUGGUACCAUUUGCUCUCAAAGUGGAAGCCUACACAGAAGUUUCAUUUUUUAGUGGCUCAAAACCAGAGAGUGUCAUCUUCCCUGUUUCAGACUUGGAGCCUGGCGUGAUGCCCACCCGAGAAGACAAGGCUGGUCCUGAGGUUAAACAUGUGUAUGAGCUAGUAAAUCUUGGGCCAAGCUCGAUCAGUCAUGGUGUCCUGGAAAUGAGCUGCCCUAUGAAGAUCAAUAAAGAUUACGUGAUGUACGUUAUGAAUUACUCUGCUCAAGGCCUGGUAAACUGCACCUCCAGUGAGCCUGUCAACCCACUCCGCCUACAGCGUUCCACAGCAGAGGAUAAUCCAACGUCAAUCCCAAACACUGUCCAUCAUGUUGAACGACGAGACGCAUCCCGAGUUGCACCAGGAGGGUCUAAUAUCCUGAAAUGCAAUCAGCAUCACACAGACUGUUUCCAUCUGCGCUGUGACAUUGGACCUCUUGAAAAAGAGCAACGCGCCAUUCUAGGAGUUAGCUUCCGCAUAUGGGCUAAAAGCUUCCUACAAGGAAACUACUUGUACAACACCUUGUCAACGAAGGAAAACCAGGGAUUUGCUCUGCAGUGUGAAGCAAUGUACCAUAUUCACCGGCUUCCGUACAAGAUUCAGCCCUCUGUAUACCCACAAGGGAGUCAUCAGGUCAACACAAGUGUAUACUGGGCCAAGCCAGAGAGUAGCCAUUAUGUCCCACUGUGGAUAAUAAUCCUGGCCAUUUUAAUUGGCCUAUUGCUGCUUGCCCUGCUUAUAUGCGUUCUAUACAAGCUUGGCUUCUUUAAACGCUCCCUGCCUUAUGGAACAGCUAUGGAGAAAGCUGAACUCAAGCCUCAUGCUGCAUCUGAGGCCUAAGCGGUUUCUCCAGCAUAGUUCCUUGCACUGCCAAAGAAUUUCUGAAAGGGAAAGUGGUAUAAAGAACAGAUCGCUUUGACACUACAUUUUGUGGGAGGGAGGGAAUCCACAAUUACUUUUUUUU